UGGGCGGGGCUAGGCCAGAGCUGCUGGUGGGAGGCAGCCACUUGAGAUCAUCAGGCCUCCUGUAGACCGGCGGGUGCCCGGUCCCAGAGUUAAGGGAAAGUCGUUUGGAAACCCCAGCGCCAACAGGACCCUUUGGCAGCUGAGGCUGGAAACAGCGGAACCAAAGGCAGACGGUCCUCAGUUGCUUGGGCGGACGUGGACCCAAUCUGUCCGUCCUUGCAAGGUUCCCCCAGGGGCAGGACCUAGACGUGCGGCACGUUCAGGUUCUCCGGGACCGUAGUGGUAGUCGCUGGCCCAAGUUAGAGGCCAGCUGAGAAGUCUUCGUGCUUCAGAUUUGUUUUAACUACAAAAUGCUUCGGUAUGCAUAUUUUUGUAGAAUGUGUAAAGAAUGCCUUUCAUGUUGGUUGGAAUCUGGCAUACCUAAUUUAGGUGUCUGGCCAAAAAGAAUACAUACUACAGCAGGAAAAUAUAGAGAAUAUGAAGCCCGGGAGCAAACAUAUCAAACUCAAGCCCAGGAGUUACACAGAUCUCAAGACAGAGAUUUUGAAACUAUGGCUAAAUUACAUAUUCCAGUAAUGGUGGAUGAAGUUGUUCAUUGUUUGUCACCACGAAAAGGACAGAUUUUUCUAGAUAUGACAUUUGGUUCGGGAGGGCACACAAAAGCCAUUCUACGGAAGGAGUCAGAUAUUGUUCUGUAUGCCUUGGACAGAGACCCGACAGCUUAUGCAUUAGCUGAGCAUCUUUCAGAGUUGUAUCCUAAACAAAUCCGAGCUAUGCUGGGCCAGUUCAGCCAGGCAGAAGCCUUAUUAAUGAAGGCUGGAGUGCAGCCAGGAACUUUUGAUGGAGUUCUUAUGGAUCUUGGGUGUUCCUCCAUGCAACUUGAUACACCUGAAAGAGGUUUUUCCCUUCGGAAAGAUGGCCCUUUGGACAUGAGAAUGGAUGGUGGCAGGUACCCUGACAUGCCCACUGCUGCUGAUGUUGUGAAUGCUUUAGAUCAACAGGCACUUGCAUCUAUCCUAAGAACAUACGGGGAGGAGAAGCAUGCCAAGAAAAUCGCUUCAGCAAUUGUUCAGGCACGCAGCAUCUACCCCAUCACCAGAACCCAGCAGCUUGCCAGCAUUGUUGCAGGUGCAUUUCCUCCCUCUGCUAUUUAUGCACGGAAAGACUUACUACAGCGAUCUACCCAUAUUGCCACCAAGACUUUCCAGGCUCUUCGCAUAUUUGUGAACAAUGAGCUCAAUGAACUCUACACGGGACUGAAGACAGCUCAGAAGUUUCUGAGACCUGGUGGUCGUCUUGUUGCCCUCUCCUUCCAUUCACUAGAGGAUCGCAUCGUCAAAAGAUUUUUGCUUGGAAUAAGCAUGACAGAAAGAUUUAACCUAAGUGUUAGACAACAAGUGAUGAAAACAUCGCAAUUGGGUUCAGAUUACGAAAACACGGAAGAAGUCUCUGUGAGAAGAGCUCCUUUAAUGUGGGAAUUGAUACACAAGAAGGUACUUAGUCCACAAGAUCAGGAUGUACAAGAUAACCCCAGAGGGCGCUCAGCCAAGCUUAGAGCAGCUAUCAAAUUAUAAGUUACCAUCAUCUUAUUCUUCAAAUUUUUUCUCACAAUUUCUCUAAUCUUUACUCAUUUUAUGUUCCUGAAUGUCUUGGUAUAUAGGUUUAAGUGUGGGACAGUCUGAAAAUUGAUAGCAUUUAGCAUUUUUUUUUUCUCAAAAAGAAACCGUAGGAAAUACGUGACAGAGAAAGUUACACUCAGGGAGCAGCAGCACCUCCAGACUGGAAAAAUGUGUUAAUCUUUGCAUCAUAUUGGACUCUUGAAAGGCAAUCCUUCCUCUGGCCAGGAAAUUUUAAAAAAAAUAAUACUAUGUUGUGUUUAUCUAAAUACGUAAACUCAAGCUGCCAAAGAGAAAGAUAUUGUAAUCAUAUCUGCAUGUCCUAAAUUUUGAAUUUAGAUAUCCAAUUUGCAUCAGUCUUUCUGUGGCUCAAAUAAUGAUGAUUAUGGAAUGCAUUUUAAUGUCCUUACUUGUGAAUAAUUAGCUUUCUCAAAUAUAGGCUUUUUACAAAUUUUAAAUUUUAAAAUAUUAGUUUAAGUGUGUGUUAUACUGAUAAAAUUUCAUCUUUCAAAUCAUAGUCUAUUAUUUUAAAGGGAUUUUUCAGUAUGAUAUGGGCCGUUUUGUUCAUAUAUCGCAAAGUAAAAAUACAAAAUCCUUACAGAGAAUUGUUUCACAAAACUUGUAUUUCAUGUCAAUUGUAUUUAUUUUAAUAAUAGCUCACAAUGCCUUUAGUAAGUAAUAAAGUCUCGUAUUAGAAUCUUGUAUUUUUUAAUUGAGCUAAUCAAAAUAACUCAGCCAAGUCUAUUUGAAAUAGAAAACUAUCUAUUUAAUAUAGUAAAAUCAAUGCUCCCUUAAUGUUACAAAGAUAUGGUAACUGUAAUAUGGGUAAAAGCUUAUUCAAGAAAAGAGUACUUGGUAGAAGAUUCUUUAACAAAUUGAGGAGAUUGAUUCAUAAUUCACAUGUCAACUUUUUAUAGUAAUAUGUACUUCUAAUUUAUUAUUUAUACUUGAAUUGUGACCUGAAAGAUGAGUUGGAGAUAGUUAGUCAAAGGGCACAUAGAGUAUGGAAGGGGGCAUGUUGAUUAACCAUACAUAGAAAUAAAUAUUCUCUUAAAUAGUUAUCCUUGAAAUUCUAUUUAUACUAUUAAUUUGCUCAGUGCACUUUUUUUAAAUACAGAAAAAAAGAUUCUCCAUUAUAGUUACAAAUUUUAAGUUGGUGAAUCCAAGUGAAUGAAAUAUCAGCAUAACUAUAUGGGCAAAAUAGAUAGAAUUAAAUACAUGAAUUUUCCCCAGACUUGUUUUAUCUACCUCUGUAAUAUUUAACUUUAGUACCCAGGCUUGUUCACUACUUCUGCUUUACAGGCUUUAUUUGAAACUGAACAAUCCUACAGGGAAAUCAGAAUUAGGAAAAAAAUCUGGAGAACAAUAUGGUUGAAAUAGAAACAAGAGAAUGCACCUAGGUUAAUUCCCCGAAUCCUACUUGAACAAUGUAUAAAUUUCUCUUUGCACAUAAUACAUAUUUGUGAAUGAGACAUAUUCCCAAAAAAUUCUUAUCUCUGUAUGUGAUUGGAAAAUAAAAGAUCACAUUUGUAUAUUCAA